AUGAUCGAUUACUCUGCCCGGUUCGAGCGACUCGUCAUCAAGAUCAUGAGCCGGUGGCUGUCUAAUGCGUUUGAAGAAUACUCAAUUCUGUCGGCCAAAGGAUCAGCUGAGCUCUCGCGCAAGAGCUUCGUGAUGCUCGGAACGAGAGACGUCAAGGCUGGCACCUUCCACUGCGGUAAGCCCAGUGAAGGGGUUGUGGGCGACGAAGCAGUCGCGCCCAGCGCGGAAGGUCCGGUGCCGACGUGUGUGGGACGCUCUGACCGCAUUGCCUUGGACAGUAUGAUGACGGACAUCAACAACCGCAUCAUUCCGUCGAACGACUAG